GCUUAGCGGAUCAGAUUGGGUGGGGCACCCACUCCGUCCAAGCAUCUGUGCGUCUUCUGGUUCGUCUUCCCAUCUCCGCAGGACUCAGAGGGGGUGAGAGAGAGAGGGCGGCAUAGUACUGGUAUGAGCGCGAGCGUGAGUCUCGCAGGCGCGUUGCCGGCCGCGGCGAGUGGAAGCCGUCGACGUAUCCCUCGCUUUUCUUCGCUACCUUUCAACCGAUGCCUCCGUUCUUUCACAUCUUCUACUUCCAGAAACGCCAAUGUGGUGCGAGCUACGACGGCGGGUGAGGACGGCCGGGACGGAGCCCCAAAGGCACCACCAUCGUCAUCCGCCGCCGCUGCGUCUCCCAAGGGAGAGAGCAUUGGCGGGGUUGGAUUCGGCAGUGGCGGAAGCGGCGGUGAUGGAGGCAAAGGCAGCAGGAAGAGGAGGGUCGUCCGACGGACGCCAGUGCAGAAGCCGCUGAUUCAGUCGGCGGCAACGGCAACGGCGACGGCAACGGAGAAGGAUGAUGGUGGUGCAUUGCCCGAACAAGAAAAGGCAUUCAUCCUCGUCUGGCUCGGUCUCGGCCUUCUUAUACUCGUUGAAGGCAUUGCUCUAGCGGCCUCAGGUUUCUUACCUGACGAAUGGGACAACUUAUUUGUAAAAUAUUUGUACCCAUCGUUCACUCCAACAGUUGUCUUGUUUCUAGGUGGGACUGUUGCAUAUGGAGUUUUCAAGUAUCUGAAGGCAGGACAGAGUAAAAGUUAGACAAAAUUUGAUUCAGAAGCCUCACCUGGGCUGCAUUCAACUGGAAGUUUCAUCUUUUUACUCUUUUUGGCCACUCCAUCUUCCAUCUUGGAUCCUGCCAAGCAUAAGGUUUUCUGUAACUGCCAAACUUGAAGAUAGAAGGCUUCUUCUCGGCACUUGCAUCACUUUGUUUUUGAUGUUUCAAUCUGCUCAUAGACCGUCUAUAACCUCAUCAGGUCAAGAAGCAAACUCACAAAAGUGAAAGAAUAUAUGAAUUCCCUAGUGAACUGUAUCGAACCCGCGUGUAAGAAACCCUCUCUAGGGUGCCCAUGUUGUACAUGUGUGUUGAAAAGAGUAGCUCAUACUAUUGAAAAUAGGUGAUUGUUUUGGUUGCAGAGAAAGAACAUGCCACUCGAGCUGCAUUCUCAGCUUUCAGAUGCAUUGCUAUGCUUCAGUAACCAAUACGACAUAUAAAGUGGAAUCUUAUAUCUGUCUUCAGAAUC